AUGGCGGUCUAAAUAGCUAGGAAAAUUUCUCACGAGUCCCACCGUUGUACCAAAUAUUUCAGGCAGGUUGACACCGUCAAUGUUUCUGUGGUCACAGUAGGGAUUUUGCAUACUAGGAAAAUUUGAAGGAUUUGUAAGAAAUAUUUGAGGGAACUGACUUAGUAUUAAACACCGAAUUCGUUUCCUCAAACAUUUCUUAUAAAUCCUUCAAAACUUAGAAUUUACUUAUGCAAAAUUCCUACUGUGAUCACAGAAACUUUGACGGCGUAAACAAGCCUUAUAUAAAGAUGCAAAACCGAAACUUUUCUUGUUUUAAGCAGGAAAUGGAAGGGGGUUGUAUUGGCAGAAUUAAAAAGCUUCCAACAAGGCGAUGUAACAGCAAAUUUGGGACGAAACGUGAUGUCUUUAUUUUUGACCAUUUCUGGAAAAGUGAAAAUCAUUUCACACAUUUCACUGGAAACCCCCACGCUUUCACUGCUGGAUAGUGUGGGUUAGGAGGCUGAAGUUAUCGACCCACCCAUGUAAUAUACAUCGUCAACACAGCUAUUUAGACAGCAACUAAUGCUGGAAUGAUAUAGUUUUGAAACUGACUCAUGUCACUGGUGGGUUCUGGCUUGCAUUCAAACACCAUGCCCAGGAAACUCGUAUGAAUAUAGUUUGUUCAAAACCUCUGCAAUGGCCUUUUCCGGGUACUCUGAUUUCCUUCCACAGGAAAAUUGUCACGUUGGGUUAGGAUAUAGGGAAUAGAUGACACAGCCCAUCGAUGUAUAAGAUUCUCAUGUAGGGAUUAAAUCAAUUGUCCUGACCUUGUUAAAUCAUAUUUACUCCCUAGAUUGAAGUAUCUAAUUGCGAGUGAAAUGCUUACUAUAAAACAGGUUGCAAUAGCGAAACAUAAUGUUCCACAUUCUUUUACUUCUUUUAACUUCUAGUUAUUCAAUUUGUGUAACGGUGAAUUUAAAACCCUUUUACAAAAUGUGCUAUUCCCGGACACACUAUUCCGCGGUAUAGCGUGUCAGUUACAGAACGAGUUCAAACGAGCCAGUUGAACAAAUGAGAAACAAAAGCAUUUGAAAAAUGUACUGAAAUAUGUGAGAAACGUGGAAUCCAAUCAAGACGUUCACUAACCGCUCCGGAAACCAUAUUCAAAGACUCGUAAAGUGAUCUUUUGAAAUACAGUGUCAAUUGAAAAAGCCAAGCAAAUAUUGUACGAUUUCUUUGUAUGUUUAAAACACUGACACAAGUGCCGAUUUCCUGUCUAAGAAAGUCUUUUCAAAACGUGCAAGAUAGGAUCAAUACGUUCGUCAUAAUGAUUAAUUAGACAAAAAUUAUUUUUAAAAUUGUCUUUUGAAAGCUGGAUUUCCCCUGGGAGACGUGUGUUAUCUUGCCUGGGAAAUUUGCAUAACGAAAGCUGCAUGCUAAAUACUCUUUGAAGACACACGGGUGGAAGUCUUUCAUUUCAGCUCGUGGGAGCGUCGGUGUCGUGUCAGCUUUGUACAGACGUAGAUCAAAGCUCAGGUAUAGUUAAACUGUAUUAAGACUGUUUAAUUAAGUAGGUUUUUGAGAAUAGACGUAAGAAUAGAUUGAAUUAUAACGCGUCUGAAAAAAUUCGACCCACUUUAAAAGGCAUAUCAUUUUGCGAGGGUGUUUAAAAAUUUACAUGCUUUUAUAUGUCACGCAAACAUUCGGCACGUUUUAACUCCUUGUCGUUUGAAAACCCUUACAACUAUAUGUGUCAAAAUGCUAGUGUUCUGUUCCAAAAGCUGUUACAAUUUAUGAUGGUAAAUCCUAAAAUGAACUUGGUAUAUAUUGAAAAAUAUGAUGGCAUGCAUGCAUGAUUGAUCAAUUUGUCCGCAUUAUUGCGAUCAUUUUGAUUUAACAGUAAAUACGUUCAACUCCGGAUGUUCUUGUAUAAACUGUUUAUUCGUAUUAGUGGUAAACCUUUAAGCUAAACAGUAAUAAUUUUGGUUACAGUUUGCUGGUUCAAGGUUUCAACGCAGAUUGCUGGAGACGUCACAAGAAGUAAACACGUGGAACUGUUCAAGGAAACUCUUUGGUAUGUUGAGGUUUUUCGAGUAGUUUCAUUUGGUACUAUAUGUAAUGCCUUAUUUCUACAGCGGGGUUUGAGCUUAGGGGUUAUUAUAUCGAAUGAACAUAUGACAGAUAUGUAUUGAUGGUUCCAGGAACCACGGCUCCUGGCCAUCUUCAGAAAUGACAAAUGUUCAGUGUCAUUUAAUUAAGGCCAAGGGCAAGGAUAUUUUGCGCACCGCGCCAACUCUCGACUAGUUGCUUUUCAUCUUUUAUUUCAGAUGAUGAGAGUUUUUGCUAAGUGCGGUAAUGACUAAUAUUCGGUUAAGAAAGCCGUUGGGAUUGAUAGGGAUACAACUACCUGAAAAAUAUAAGGAGAACUCAAUUACUCAACGUUUCGAGCGAAGCCCCUUCGUCGAGAAGUUCUUAGCUCGAACGUCGAAGUUCUCCUUGUAGAUUAUUGUAAUGGUCUCCUGUAUGGUUUACCUAAUACUGAAUUGAUUAAGUUGCAGAGGGUUCAGAACGCCGCUCCAAGAUUUAAUAGUGACUUCAACACGAAAAUACGAUCACAUUACACCUAUAUUACGUGAACUACACUGGUUACCUGUGAAGUUCAGGAUCCAUUUUAAACUGCUAUUGCUUACUUUUAAAGCUUUACAUGGAAUGGCUCCAAACUACAUGGUAGAUCUACUUGUUGUCAAAGUGGAAGGAACUACCUUUUACGCUCUAAUGAUAGCAUAAUGCUAGACGGUUCCCUAAGCCUAAGGGUAAAUUUUUACGGUCAUUUGGCGACCGAUCUUUCACUGUGGCAGCUCCGAAACUUUGGAAUGAACUUCCGAAAGAAAUUCGUGACAUUUCGUCAAUAAGCGUUUUUAAAACUUGUCUUAAGACACAUCUUUUUAAACUAGCUUUUAGUAUUUAGUUUAUAUUAAAGUUAACAUUUCAACAUUUUAUUACGCUUUUAACAUUAGUUAUAUUGUAAUACAGCGCUUUUGAUCAUUAUAUGGAAAAAGCGCUUUAUAAAUUAUUAAAUUAUUAUUAUUAUUAUCAAUCCCAAGAUUUCUUUUUAUUUCCACUACCCACACAUGGUAUACAGACCAUUCGAGAAUGUCAGUCAACUUUCAUUAACUCUCGUGUAACUCUUGUUCUCAUUUGACCUGGACUUCAAUACGAGCAAGCAAAUUACACUUUCUUAACUUAAUACCAAUCAAAUCAAAUACAAGACUUCUACUGGAGUGAUCCGAGUGAAAAUGGCCGAACACUUUCUCACCAUCUUUUGUACAAAUCUUACUAAAAUCUACCAAUUAUUUUAUACCACAUCAUUCUAGUUUGAUUAGCAAAUUUUGCUCUUAGCCUUAGCCCUUGGCUUAGGGUAAGCGUUGAGAUGAAAUAUGGUUUAAUAAAGUAAAAAAUUGCCGAAUUGGUUGUGUGCAGUUGAUCCUCAGUGGGGCUUCAACAUGAGAAAUUGAACAUUUGCCUGUCGCAAUUCACUUGCCAGCCCUGCAUGGUCGACUUUUCUCACGUGCCUGUCAAACGAGAACAAUCUUUACCCUGAGGCUUGAGAGUUGUUGCCGCGCGUAUAGCAAAAACUCUCGCGUCAAAUCAGAAUUUGAACAAGCUCACAGUUGAUCAUGAGAUUUGAUGACGCAAUACAGGAGAGUCGACUUGGCAAUCAAACGCGAACGAGAGUUCAUCAACAAACAUUCUUGUUUGACCAGUAUUUUGAAGGGUGACUCCUAGUAAAUAACCGGUUUUACUGAAUCACGAGCUAAUCAUGACUUGUUUAUGUAUCUUAUUGCAAUGAAAGACAAAUCAUUGCUUUGACGUCCUAACAAAUUUUGAUCAAUUAUAACUAUAGACAUAGUAUUGUAAUGUUUAAUCUAUAUAGUCUCUCUGUAAGUUUAGUACGUUUUGUAUAGUCAAUCUACCAGUAUAUUACAUGGUAGCUUGUUUGAAUACAGUUUGUUUGCUAAGGCUAAGCUCAGUUGAAGACCAAUCCAUACUAGAAAAAUGCGCUCAGGAAACCAACCGUUUCAAAGGCUCAAACACAAAUGUUGGUCCAGCAUCAUCAUAAAUUGUUAGAUACAACAUUCGGUUGGGUCUUAAAUAAAUUGUGUGAGCAGAAGAGACACUCGCAGUAGAUUUAAACACCCACCUUCGCGCCCACCUUUUAGAGUGGGUCAAAUUUUUUUAACAUUGUGCUAUUAUGGUUUGGUAUAAUAGUGCAUAUCGGUUGGAAGAUGUUUGGUCAGUUUUGACAUUAUUUAAAAUUUUCAACCAAUUAACACCGUUCCAACGCUGUUGAACCAACAAUUUGGAGAUACCUAAGCUGGCUUACAUUCUUCGCAUAUACUGUCCCAAGCAUCGGCAUUUUAAAGCAACGCGUAACAGAAAUUAUCAAACACCUUUAAAGAUACCUAUUAAAGUUGGGUUGUGCCAUAUGUUUCACCGCCGAAUUGGCCACGAAUGAAAUUCUCAUGCAAAAGCUUGCUGUCUGAGCUGAGGAAAAUCCCUACCUCUGGGAAUGAUGUGGUAAAUUAUUAAUAGUGGGAAAUUUGACAUUCACGUGGGAAUUGACCAGAAUUUCCCAGCUAUCCGCUGUGACUUCAAUCUUAAUUACAAUCUGCGCAGAAACAUGAAUAGUCCAGGACCAACGCUCAUGUCGUCGUUAAUGUCAGCCUGACAGAAGUUUCUGUACGUGAUAUCAUUUAGCCCAUUGGACGUUUUACAAUUUUUUUGCAAAUGAACAGAAUAUUUUUUAAGAUCACAAUGGGGCAUGAGACGUAUUGGUGACAUUUAAUUCGAGAUUUAAUUAAAUUUCAAGAUUUUUUACCACGCAUUCUCACGAUUUGUAUAUCAUGCAAAUCAUUGAAAAUUAUAGAAGUUUGAAAUAUUGUUCUGUACGUCUGAUAGUGAUAAUAUUGAAAGAGCUGUUCUGUAUAAAUGUAUUCAUUUUAAUUGAUGCCUCUUUAUAAAGCCAUAUAUUGCUGAGGACAGUUACUGAGUAUAGUACGACAUGCUUCGUUGCCCAUUUUAUGUCAUUUCAGCACAAAAUGCAUUCACUCAGCAAUUCAGUUCAAAGUCACUCAGUUACUCUAUAAUAGGAACAUUACCUAUUGGGAAACCCCGAUGGCCUUAACGGGAAAGGGGCUUUGCUUGCAUUUUGUUGCACAUAUAUAAGUUGGUUGAAUAAAGAGUUUAAAUUCAGUUGUUUAUAUAAAUUGCGUUUUAUUGCACAUUGUUGUUGAAAGUUGGUUGAACAAAGAGCUAGUUUGAAAAUCUGUACCUAAAAUUCACUCGUUGGCAAAGUCAUUCUGUAAGUAGUCAAUUAAAGACUUUGUUUAAUUGUUUAGUACCGUCUUUGUUUGGUUGUUUUGCGGGAAAAUCUCUGAAUAUAUAAUAAUAUACAAGCAUACUUGAGUAUCGCGUGUUAUAAUCCGUCAUAUUUUGGCCGAUUAUACAGCAUUAUACAGGGUGUAUAAAAAGAAAAUCUAACUUUAGCAUAUUCGUGUGAGUUUACCGAUAACAUUUUUACAUAGCAACAAAAUUCUGCCUUCUCGCUGCCCUACAAUUAUACCUUUCUUGUAUGAUUAAAAGGGAAUUAACAAACACGAAAACAGAAGGUGAUUUUGACCGGCAAUUUUUGAUCAGCUUUUGCUUGAAACGAUUGCAAACAAAGUGUCAUUCAAAUGCCACAAUCCUAAUCUUUAUCAAUAUAAAAAAUUAAAUCUAUGCACUCAAUAUUGAGCGCACAAGAGCACGCUUAAUUUGGAUUGCCUAUUUUUAUAAACCCUCGCAAUAUCUGUUAUGUAAUCCAUUGAUUGCCCCGAAGGCCCAGUCACUUUGAUACAGAACUGAAUAUGGAGUUUAGGAAAUGAGAAUAGAAAGUGAAUUUGAGACAGUUGCGUGGUCUUUUGCGUGGUUGUAAAAUCAGUCGCUCCAAAAAGGGUUAAAGGUGGGAACGGCGCUGUACAAUGUACAAUGAUGAAUAUCAACUGGGCAAUUUACCAAACAAAUCUGUAGAAUUUGAAGUAUCUUCCAGAACAUUUUGCGGAAGAUAAUUUUCCAAAAUCUUUACUGUUAUCUUUAUGUUAAGCACAAUUGUUAAGACAUUUUUCACGUGCUUGCCUGUAUAAGUGUGUUUUAGUAAUAUAGUGCCUUGAUAUAUCAAGGACUAUUCUUUGCCAGCUUUUCAUUCAUUUAUAAGUACUGAAAAUCCUUAGUUUGCAUCUGUCUCUGAUGAUUUGGUCUAUGCAUUGGCAGAAAUCGUUUCAGAACGAGGGAAAUUUAUGGUGGGGGGAUUUAUUUAUUUAGCUUCGCCUUGAAAAAAAAGCGCGUACACAAUACAAGUACAACAAUUCAUAUAUACAUGCAUGAGACAGAACAAGAGGCGGGGAACGCCACAACAGUUUACACCAUUUCCUAUGGGCCCUUUAGUGAAAGUUAGUGACAAAUUACAGACCAACAAAAAUUAAAAAAAAAGAAAAAGGUAUGGCCGAGAGGACUAGACGAAAGGGCGUAAGCUGUGCCUAUAGAUAGAUGAGUAUUAUCAUAAUUUAAGAUGAGUAUUAAGUGUAUUAUUAUAAUUCAAGAUGAUUAUCGUAACUCCCACACAGAAAUCUUGUAAACCAGUAGUAGAUGUUUUCAUAUUUUCAGUUCUUGUAGCUGUAUGUUAGUUAGAUAUCUAUAUAUACCGAACAUUCUUUCACGUUUUCAUCUGUUUAUGGCGAAAUUUGAAAUGUGCCAUGUUACGAAUCGUGUAGAUGGGACCUUCCCUUGUCUUGUGAUCACAUGUAUCAAACCAACUAAUUGUUGACAGAUUAUAACAAGGGGGUUGAUGGUCGCACGACCUUGGUCAUGAGCCUCCGUGUAACAUUCGUUCGUGACUGCCAACUCUCAUAAAUCUCAUCCUGGUUGGACCGGGGCUUUAAACGUCGCCUGGUCAUUAACUGUGGUGUUGUGAAUGCAGUUGAUGACCGCCAACAAUUUCUUGGCGGAACAAAUCGUCCCGUUUCAGUAUGUUUCAGAACAGGAAGUUUAUACAACUUUCGAAUCGUGCCAAUUAUAUACGUAUAAGGUUUCCGGAGUUGAUAAAGUUUGAUUAGACAUGGAUUCAAUCGAUAAUAACUUACCACCUUUGGACAUCUGUAUAGUAGGCGAGGGUAAAAUUCCUAGAAUUUUCCUAGAUAAUUUCUAGGGAAUCAGAUAUCACAGAUUAAUUUAAAUAUCAAUUAAUCUGUGAAUGUGGCCAUAUGUUCAUUACUUUUCAAUCUCAUGUGAUAUGAGGUGCACCCAUGGCCUCCUGUGGUGUUAUGCACACAGAAUAAUCUGUUUCGGAUUGUAGAGAACUGGUUGAAAACCCCAUAUUAUACUAAGUUGCAAUAAAUGGUCUUGAAAACAUAAAGGCUUUAGGUCUCGCUUGAAACGUCAUCACAAAGUCAUAGAAAAAGUCUAUGAUAUUGACUGGCUGAUUUUGACAAACUACAGAAUUAUACAUUUCUGCGAAAUGACAAGCAAAUAUUAAUCAGUUUUGAGGAAGAGCCUUCGCUCGAAGCAUCGAAGUUUCGCUCAUAUCUUUCAUGUAGUUGUGUGUUGUAUCUCUCUCAUAUCUUAACUAUAUCUGUCGUCGUCUUCCCACACUGGCAUCGCCCGUUUGAGAAUCAAGAAUAAAUCUGAUCCCAGCACGUAUUAUAUUUUUCUUGUGUGUGUGAUGGUGUUGUGUACUGAGGUGAAUACGAUGUUUGUGAUCGACUAGUAUCCCAAAGGUUGCGGGUUCGUUUCCCACCGUGAUCAGGCGAACUUUUCAGCUUGCCCGGUGUUGGAUGCACACUCAUUAUAUUUCUGAAGCAAGAGCGUUAAUCCUGAUGGGGACGGGGCGGGACAUUUGUGACAUUUGGACAUUUAUGAUAUAAUCUAUAAUAAAUCCUAUCUGUUAGCAAACUCCCCAACCUUUGGUACAUAUUAUCGAGGUUGAUCUAAAGGUCAAGUUCUGUUCCAUCUGCUUUUUAACGAAACCUAAUCCAAUGUCCGUUCAACGAGUGAAUUUAAAUCUCUUGUUAUGGUCUACACCCAACUUGCAUGUGAGUCCUGUUAACAUCCGCUCUGCAUGAUUACGUAGUUGGACUAAAAAUAUGAGUCAAUCUGACGUCGUUAAUGUAUAAAGACAAUUUCAAAAUUUCAUUGAAUGAGUUUUCAUUUACAUUUUGAAGGGUCAAGCAGAGCCGUUACUCGACACGUCUGAAGCACGACAAGACGAAACAGAAG